AUGUUCUUGAAAAUUCGAGAAGAUGAAGUCAAGUGUUUGCUAAGUAAGUUACAUGGUAAUCAUUGUAAGUUGGAAGAUGAUGGGUUUAGAGUAGUGGAAAUGGGACCAUUGUUGAAAGAUCUUACGUUGAAUAUUGUUAUGAGAAUGGUGAGUGGAAAAGUGUUUUAUGAAGAAGAUUCUAACAAGUUCAGAGAAAUUGUGACAAAAAUUAUGGAACAUGGUGGAGCAAGUAGUCCCGAAGAUUUCAUACCUUUAUGGAAUUGGAUUGAUCCAACUGGUUUUAUGAAGAAGGUGAAGAAGCUUGGAAAGACAUCAGAUGAAUUUCUUCAACUGAUGUUGAAACCUGAAUUUUACAAUGAUCAUGCUUUCAAAGUACUCAAUCAAGAUAUAAUAUUAGCAGGAAUUGACACGUCAACUGUGACUUUGGAGUGGGCAUUAUCUCAAUUGCUAAACAAUCCAGAGAUAUUAAAGAAAUCAAAAGAAGAGAUAGAUUGUUUGAUUGGGCGUGAACGUCUAGUUAGUGAAGCAGAUCUACCAAAUUUGAGUUACCUUCAAGGAAUAAUCUUCGAUACUUUACCACUUCAUCCACCUGCUCCUCUUCUCGUGCCACAUUGUGCAUUAUUUGAAGAGUGCAAAAUAAAAGGAUACGAUACUCCACGUGAUACAAUUGUAUUGAUCCAUGCUUGGGCUAUCCAUAGAGAUUCAAGUCUUUGGGAAAAUGUCACUAAGUUUAAGCCUGAAAGACAUACAAGUGUGAUUGAAGGUGAGUUAUAUAAAUUAAUACCAUUUGGAGUGGGAAGGAGAGCAUGUCCUGGUGUAGGAAUGGCACAACGAGUGGUUGGCUUAGCUUUAGCAUCAUUGAUACAAAGCUUUGAAUGGAAAAGUCACUCAUUAAUUGACAUGAGUGAAAGUAAAGGACUCACAAUGCCCAAAGCUCAACCAUGGGUCGCUCACUGUAAACCGUGUCCUUUUCAUAUAUAG